AGAAGAAUAAGAAAGAAAUAAGCAAAAAUGGUAUCUUUAAUCAAUCUCCAUUCAUGGUUUCUCCUCUGUUUCACCCUGUUUCUUGUUUCAUCUCUUUUGUUACCUCAAUCUGUCACAUGCAAGGAUAGCGACGAGGACGAUGUUCUUCAAGGAAUCAACAAUUAUCGACAAUCACUUCAACUUCCCGAACUAACAAAGAACAAGAAAGCCGGUUGUCUAGCCGACGAAAUCGCCGACCAAAUGGAUAAGAAACCGUGUCCAUCUAUAGUCACAAUCACGGGUCAAUCGCCGCUAUCAACAUACUCGACACUUGUGAACAAGUGCAAAAUCGAACCUAGUUCCGCGACGGAUGGCAUUGUGUUGCCUGUUUGCGUGCCGAAACUCACAUCCACACUUGUUUUGAGUAACUAUACGCGAUCGCCUUUCGCGAGGUAUUUGAAUGAUAGUAAGUAUACCGGAGCGGGGAUGGGGUCGAAGGAUGAUUGGAUGAUUAUGGUUUUGACGACGAAUACUCAAAGUGGGAGUUUUGAGAGUGGGGUUGGUUGUUUGGGGUAUUCGAAAGUUGGGUUGGUUAUGAUGUUUUUCUUGGUGGGUGGUUUGUUUAUUAACUAGGGUUUGUGUUUAUUU